AUGAACUCAACACAGGUUUCUCAUUUCACUCUUAGUGCUUAUUUUGAUAUCAAACAGUUGAAAUACUUCAUAUUUAUGCUUGUGCUGUUUUUGUAUAUUUUAAUCCUUGGUUCUAAUAUUCUGCUGAUUGUGGUGAUCUGUGUGAACAGGAGCUUACAUGAACCUAUGUACAUAUUUCUGUGCAGCCUGUUUGUGACUGAACUGUAUGGCAGCUCAGGCCUGUUUCCCUUCCUGCUGGUUCAGAUCCUCUCAGAUGUUCACACAGUUUCUGUUCCGCUCUGUUUCUCACAGAUUUUCUGUCUUUACACUUAUGCAGCUGCAGAGUUUUGUAAUCUAGCCGUCAUGUCUUAUGACCGAUACCUGGCCAUCUGUCAUCCUCUGCAGUAUCAUUCACUGAUGCCCCUGAAGAAAGUUGCAAUUUUAAUUGCAGCAGCCUGGAUAACUGGCUUUUUAGUGGUUACUACGACCAAGUCUUUGAGUUUCACUCUGAAGCUCUGUGGAAACGUCAUUAACAAAAUGUACUGCGACAACUAUUCAAUAGUUAAACUGGCCUGCUUUGAUGUUACAGUCAACAACAUCUAUGGACUAAUUAGCGCUGGUCUCACUGUUUUUAUUCCAUUUACUAUAUUUCUCUACACCUAUAUGAGAAUCCUGAACGUGUGUUUUUCUGGGUCCAAACAGACCCGGCAGAAAGCGGUCAGUACCUGCACUCCUCACCUGGCUUCUCUGAUUAACUUCUCAUUUGGUAUUUGCUUUGAGGUGUUGCAGAGCAGGUUUAACAUGACCAGUGUUCCUGAUGUUAUAAAAGUAUUGUUGUCACUCUACUAUAUAACAUGUCAGCCGCUGUUCAACCCUCUGGUGUAUGGCCUCAAGCUGUCGAAAAUACGCAGCAUGUGGAAACGUUUGUUUUGGAUAAAACAGAAAUAA